AUGCUGCCAGCUCUCUCCCUAUUGUUGUUCGUUGCCGCUAACGCUUGCCUGGUGAGCGCUCAAGCAACGUACAAUGGUGGAUAUACAGACGCGAAGCAAGUACGUCUCCGAAUUGGAAAUGGGGGUGCUGGACAGUCUGGCCUGAUCGGCGCCUGGGCGAAUGCGUUCAUCCAAUAUAUGGUGCAGAAGAACGGAACUCAGCCUUUCUUGGUCGACUGGGUGUUGGGCGACACCACCCAGAGUCUUAACUUUCUGGCGGGGGGUUCGAUAGAUGUCGCGGUGACAUACAACGACGCGGCGGAGACGCAGGCGUUAAGUAGCGGUGUUGCCGUGAAUAGGGUCUAUGGGUUCCGCGACCAUUUUUUGCUAGUCGGACCUCAGUCCAACCCAGCACAGCUUAAUCAGACGGACGACAUUCUAGUGAUGUUCAAUAAGAUCGUUUCGACUGGAAAUGCCGACGUGGCGACACCACCUGACCUGAGCGUUCGACCGCCAACUCGUUUCUUAUCCCGAUUUGACAAAAGCGCAACCAACAUCAAGGAGAGUCAGUUGUUCAUUACAAUUGGUCAAGUACCAUGGGCUUUUGCCUAUUCAACAUGGUAUCACCAAUAUCCUCGCUUCCCUCUGCAAGCUAUCCAAGGGGCAUCGCUCUUGUCUGAAUAUACCCUCACAGAUCGUGGAACCUGGCUCUCAUCUCCUGACUCGGUCACGUCUGCUCUAACGAUCUUCAAAGCUGGCUUGGAUGAUGCCAGUGACCUUCUCCUGAAUCCGGCGCAUGUAUUAUUAGGCAAGAAUACAACUGAUCCAACUAUUGCCAGGGCAUUCCUUUCCUGGGUGGUUGACAGUGCAGGAGGCCAGCAGGUCAUUGCUAAUUUCCAGAAGAAUGGCCAGGUACUUUACUCUAAAGUGCCGUAAUGAUUUUGAAUGCCUGCACAUUAGUUCUAUCUUAGUUCUACAUGCCCCUUUGACUUGAUC